AUGAGUACAGAAGGAUCAAAUGAAAAUACUACCAGUAGUAGUACUACUAGUAGUAGUAAUGCUACAAAAAAGAGAAAGUCCACAUCAUCAACAACAACAACCACUACAGGAGGACAAGUUAAAGAUGAUACAAGAAGAUUGGCACAAGCAUCAAGAACAUUAAAAGCAUGUGAAUUAUGUAGGAAACAAAAGACAAGAUGUUCAAGAUCAAUAGAAACUUCAAAUUCAUGUUUAAGAUGUAUAUUUUUAAAUAAAAAAUGUUCAUUUGAAUUAAAUAAUGAAAAUAAUUUAAAUAAUAAUGGAAUCAAUAUUCCUUUUAAUUUAAAUAAUCAAGAAAAUAAUAAAAAAUUGGAUAAUAUAAAUGAUGGUAUAAAUGAAAUUUUAAAAUUAUUGAAAAAUAAUCCAGCAAGAAUAAGAAAUAGAAAUGAAAGAAGAAAAAGAAGAAGGGGGAUUAGAGAUGAAGAUGUUCAAUUGUUAUUAGAAACAUCUGAAAAUACGGGAAAUAAAUCAAGAAUACUAAAUGAUGUUGGUGAUGAUGAUGAUGAUGAUGAUGAUGAUGAUGAUGAUGAUGAUGAUGAUGAUGAUGGAGAAGAGGAGGAGGAGGAGGAGGAGGAAAAUAUACCUCAAUUUGAAUCAUUUAGAAGUAUAACUGAAAGUUCACCAUUUUCAAUCAUACUGAAUUUAUUCAAUGAUAAGACAACAUCAACCAAUGACGUGGAAUAUGAUAAUGAAGAAGAUGAAGAAAUAGAAAAUAUAAUCUCAUUAGGGAUAUUAACAGAAUUAGAAGUAAUUGAAUUAAUAUCAAAUUUUAGAAGAAAUUAUGGACGUUGGGUAUCAUUUCCAUCAAAUUUAACAACUGAAGAUUUAAUUAAACAAAUUAAAAAAACAUCAUCAUUAUUAUUAACUUCAUGUUGUUUAGUAUCAAUAAGAUAUCAAAUAUUUGAAAAUAAACAGGACAAAUCUUUGAAAUAUUUCAUGUUAAUUCAACAAUUAAUUAAAGAUUUAAAUAAUUCUUUAAUUAAAUAUACUUCAAUUAAUAAUACUCAAAAGAAGAUAUCAGGACAAGUUGAAUUUUUACAAGCUAUUACAAUAUUAAGUAUUUAUCUGAUUAGUAUUUCAAAACUUGAAUCAUCUUCUGGAUCUUUAAUUAAACUAGAUCCAUGGAUAUUAUCAAAUAUCGGAUUAUCUACAUUUAUAACUAAAACAUCAUUAGGAGAAUUUAAAGAAAUCAAUGAAGAGAAAAUCGUGGUUAAUAGUAAUGAUGGUAAAGAAUAUGAUAAAGUUAUGAUCAUGAGAAUUUAUAAUCAUUUAUGUCUUGCACAUAUUGUUAAUUCAAUAUUUUCCGGUAGAUUAUGUAUCAUUGAUUCAAUUAGAGUUGAACAAACUACAACAACAUUAAGUUUAUUAAAAGCAACUAAUUUUGAUGGUAGAAUGGUUAGUGAAAUUGGAUUAUUAUUUAUAACUUAUAAUUAUCUUCAAUCGAUUAAUAAGGUUGAAAAAUUUCAAAAAUUAGAUGAUUUAUUUCAUAAAAUUAUAGAUGAUAUUAAAAAAUGGUUUAUUCAAUGGGAAUAUUUAUUUAAUCAACCAGUUUUACAUUUUCUUGAAUUUAAUUAUAAUUUUUGUUCAAUGUUUGUUUAUUAUAUAUAUUGUCAUCAAAGAUUAAAACUACUAGGUCAAUUAGAUGAUAGAAAGUCAAUACUGUUGAUGGAUAAAGAUGUCUUGAAUCAUGUUUUUAAAAGUAUUGAUAAUGAAGAUAUUUUAUUAACUAUGUUUGAUUAUUGUUUGAAUGUUCUUUAUCAUAUUAAUAAUAUUGAUAAUGAUUCAUAUUUUGCUUAUCUAUCUGAUCAAAUUCAUUUCAUAUUCUUUUUUUGUGGGAUAUUUAUGAUUAAAUUAACGAAAGUAAUGAUUGAUAAACAAGUAUUGAUAAAUAAAGAUGAUAAAAAUAAAGGAAUAAAAGUUGUUAAACAAUUGAUUCAUAAGUUCAAUAAAAUUACAAAUGAUCACCCUGAUGAUAUAUUGAACAAUUAUAAAUUAAAUCUUGAAUCAUGUAUAUCUGAAAAUAUGUAA